AUGGAAAUUGGAAGUGCACCGUAUGCGCUCGCUCGUGCUCCCGGGCCAAAAAAAGCUGCCCGCUCAUCUUCGGACGUCCCAAACCUCAACGCAUCUGCGUCCCUCAACCUCGCCUCAACCUCUCCUCUCCAUCCCUCCCGUGCGUCUAUCGAAAGGAAAACCCUCUCCGCUCCAAACCACCUCUGCCUCCGCGUGAAUUGA